AUGGCGCCCAUCAUUCACAAGAACCUGACGUGCCCCGAGCUGGUGCAGUGGGCACUGAAGCUUGAGAAGGACACGCGUCUGACGGCGCGCGGCGCGCUCUCGGUGAUGUCGUACGCGAAGACCGGCCGUUCACCACUCGACAAGCGCAUUGUGGACACCGAGGACGUGCACGGCAACGUUGACUGGGGCAAGGUGAACAUGAAGCUCUCUGAGGAGUCGUUCGCGAAGGUGAAGAAGCUGGCGACGGACUUCCUGGACACACGCCAGCACCUGUUCGUGAUUGACUGCUUCGCCGGGCACGACGAGCGCUACCGGCUGAAGGUGCGCGUGAUCACGACGCGCCCGUACCACGCGCUGUUCAUGCGCGACAUGCUGAUCGUGCCCACGCCGGCGGAGCUGGCGACGUUCGGCGAGCCGGACUACGUCAUCUACAACGCCGGCGAGUCGAAGGCGGACCCGUCGAUCCCCGGCGUGACGUCGACGACGUGCGUU